CCUAUUUUUUUAACUUCUUAUUUCUACGCCUGCUGCCGUUCACAACAAAACAAUCGGGAGCUGUACCAAACAAAAAAAAAAAAAAAAAAAACAAUCGUGAGCUGAGCAAAGCGAUCCGAUCUGGAGAUGGAAGGCGACCAUGAUGAUCAAGUGCCUGCCGGAGGAGAACCGCCGAUGCCACUUUCGCGUGAUAAUCCGACUGUCGUAUCUGGAGACGAGAAGUCAGCGUCGGAUCAACAGGUGGGUGGGGGAGAACCGGCUCCGGCUCAUCUGCCGUGGGAGGUUUCUGAUGACGAGGACAGCGUGGUGGAGAUAGGAUCCGACAUCGAUGCGUUGUGGUCCGAGGAUGAGGACUAUGUUGAUCCUGAACGAGAACGAAUCAUGAAGAACCAAGUCACCCGUGCUGGAACAGCGGGUCUGAAAUACUACAAUGAAAUGAAUGAGGGCUCAAACUUUGAGCUGGAUGAACCCAUCUUCAGCAAGUGUUUUCUGUUUCCUGGUACCCUUAUCGUCCACGCCAUCUUUACUGCCAAGUCUGUCAAUGUAAUUGAUGGUUCGUCCUCCUCCGCCGCCGGGCAAUACAACCCUUCUGACAUUCGAUUGUUUUUCGCUGAGACUGAGUCAAUCUACGGGGAAGGUUAUGGUGUUCUUUGCUGUGUUCCCAUUGACUUCUCUAGAACAGAUAAUGGCAAGGGCUGUGUUUACUGCCCGUGGAGACUAGGAGGGAAAUUGCGUUUCCACCAUCCUCCUAAGGGAGUUUGCAAGUUUGGCGAAAGUGAGAAGAAGGACCAUAAAAGAUUUGAAUAUGAUGAGUGGACCUCAACCUCGGAAGAGGAAGAGGAACCUCGGAAGAGGAAGAGUAAGCAGAAGAGUAGCCAAAGUCCCAGCCACCCCUAA